CCCUUCUUCUCUGACUCUUGCCCCCCUCCUUCUGCUGCUCCCCCACAGCCGCCCCUGGGCUCUGGGGGGAGCAGGUGGGCAGGGGACUGAGAGGCCGCAGCAGCUGGGCCUGGGACCUCUCAGCUGCCUUCUGACUUCCCCACGGGGGUGACGCCAAUUCCCAGCAGCCGAGCGGCUGGAGCCCGGGUGCUGACCCAAGGGGGCACCAGGGGCCUGGCGGUUCAAGCCGGGUUCAAGCAGUUCAAGCUCCCUGUGCCCAAAGCAGAGGGUGGGGAUGAAACUGAGGCAAGGGACCAGCUCGGGGGCAGCUGCAGGGACGCACGGUGAGGAGCCCAGAUUUGGGGUCCGGGCUCCGUUCUGCCAUGGGGUGUGCGUGAUGCGGGGCGGGGCGAUGUGGGAUUGUGUCUGUGUCGGGUGCUUAAUAACGCCCCAUAGCCCCAUGGUCUUCCCUUCAGCAGCUCUUGAAGUGCUCUGCAAAGGAAAUCGGGAUCAUUAACCCCAUGGCACAGGACACUUUCCUGCUGAGGUCUGGGACGCCAGCCCGGGGCAGAGAUGGCAGAGAGCGCGUGCUGCAAGCUCGUAGAGUAUUUGAACGAUCUAGAGGCGCGGGAGUUCAAGAUGUUCAAGUUUUGCCUGGAGAACUAUCCCCUGGAAGACGGCUACAAGCGCAUCCCCCGCUCCAAGACAGAGGCGGCCGACACGAUGGACAUAGCUCGAGCCAUGGUCCAGGCUUACCAGGAGCCCAGGGCUCUGCAAAUGGCCGUGAAGAUAUUGGACGGCAUUAGCCGGAAGGAUCUGUCACAAAGGAUCCAAAACGACAUGCCGGAGGUUUUCUGUCAGAUGCCAGAGCCGGCUGGCGUGAGCGAGGAUGACGAAAAUGACCAGGAGGAGGAGCUGAUCUCGGAUAUGUGCGGAACCAAGAAGAAAGUGGAGGUGAAGCUGGAUCCCAACACCGCGUUCCCCACUCUGCUGAUCUCCCAAGACCAGAAAAGCGUGAGGCUCGGGGACCGCCCCCAGUACCUUCCCAACAACUCCGAGCGUUUUGAUUUCCGGCCCUGCGUGCUGGGCGCCCCGGGCAUCACUAGGGGGCAGCUGGACUGGGUAGUGGAUGUGGGUGCCGGGAAAGGCUGGAUCGUUGGCGCCGCCCGGGAGUCGGUGGAGAGGAAGGGGCAUCUCUACAUAACGGCCGAGCAGGGGUUCUGGGGGCUGGAGUUUAACAAUGGGGAAUACCAGGCACUCAGCACCCCUAAUACGACGCUUUUCCUACGGGCGCCUCUGCGCAGGAUCAAGGUGCAUCUAGACUAUAUCCGUGGACAACUCUCCUUCUACGACACCAUGGAGCACAUCUUCACCUUCAACUACCCCUUCUCCGAGAAGAUGUUCCCCUUCUUCUUGACCUGGGACACGGACGUCCCACUCCAGCUCUGCCCAUGUGACUGAGAGCGCCUCCCCAGCUCACGUUUUGCAAGAGGAGGGAUGUUAAACUCUGGUGCCUGGCCAAAAUUCCAGCCCUGGGAAUGACCCGCUGCCACCUGCCUACGUACUUCCACUUUCACUUUCCAGUCCUGUCCGGACCGGGUGUGUAGCCUCCUCGACUGUCUCGCGUGACUUUGUCAGAUGAUAUUUUGUGUUUCUUGACGUCUCCAGCUCUAGGAGCCAAGUUUUUUUGGUGGGAAUCUGUGCUUUCAUUAAAAAAAAAAAGGAACUAGUUUUCUAGCCCUUUGGGUUGCGGAGAAAACCUGUGACAACCUGACCCUAGAAAGGUCAAAACCCAGAAGGCAAAUGUGAAAAAAACCCUUCAAGGUUUAUUACCGUAUUUGUAAAAUCUUGUGAUUUUUUUUUUCAAGCCAAUCUAAUUCAGAGGGACUUUCAAGCCAGCAAACUCACCGGUAUCGCUGGGAACCUCAUGGACUUUGAAGUCUGUGUAUAUGUGAUUGCUUUACCAUUUAACAGCUCUCUUCUUCUUUCUUUUUUCUUGAUAAUAAACCUUUAGUUUUAGACACUGAAGGACUGGCUGGCAGGGUGGUAUGUUGGGUAAGAUCCAAACCUCGGGUGACAUGGCCGAGCCUUUAGGUUCAGAAGAACAGUUUGUAGAGUGAGCAGAGUUUUUAAAUAACUUCUCCCUGUACAGGACCUAGGAGCUGAUUGGGAGCCAGAGACGGGAAUGCAGUAAAGGGGGCUGUGUGGUUCCUCUUUUUGCUUCUUGAUAACCAGGGUGGGGGAUCAGAUGCACAGUUUGUGACUGGUUGGGAGAUUUAACGUCAGCAUUACCCACCAGUCUUGGGAGGAUCUGCUCUCCCUUUGCAGCCUGCCCUGACCUUGGCAUUUCCAGUGAGGGCUGCCCCAGGCACGCUGGGUCACACAACAUUUUUGCUUUCUACAUUUAAAAAAAAAAAAAUUUCUUGAGAAAAUGGAACAUUUUGGGUUUUCAGCCAAAAUUUUCAGGUUUGGUAACUAUGGGGCUGAGCGUUUUUGGCAAAAAGUUUUGGUUUUCUGAAGAAAUAUU